UGGGACAGCCCUCCAAAUCAUUGGAUUCAGGUGUUCCAAUCACCUCCAUGGCCACAGGUGUAUAUAAUCAAGCACCUAGGCAUGCAGACUGCUUCUACAAACAUUUGUGAAAGAAUGGGUCGCUCUCAGGAGCUCAGUGAAUUCAAGCGUGGUACUGGGAUAGGUUGUCACCUGUGCAAUGAGUCCAUCUGUGAAAUUUCCUUGCUACUAAAUAUCCCACAGUCAACUGUUAGUGGUAUUAUAACAAAGUGGAAACAACUGGGAACAACGUAAAAUGAUAGAGCGAGGUCAGCGCAUGCUGAAGCACACAGUGUGCAGAAGUCGCCAACUGUCUGCAGAGUCAAUAGCUAAAGACCUCCAAACUUCAUUUCCAGUGAAGGGAACUCUUAAGGCGUCAGCUUUGUGGGAACAGCUUGGAGA